CCCCCCCUUUUAUUCUAUAAUAUCCUUUUCAAAAAUCUCUCUCAGUUUCUUCUUUAUCCCCCUAAAACUCUUCAGCAAUUUCCCUUUGUUAACCAAAAUGAGAGAGUGCAUUUCAGUUCACAUUGGUCAAGCUGGCAUCCAAGUUGGUAACGCCUGUUGGGAGCUCUACUGUCUUGAACAUGGCAUUCAGCCUGAUGGACAAAUGCCGGGUGACAAAACAGUCGGAGGUGGGGAUGAUGCUUUCAACACCUUUUUCAGUGAAACCGGCGCUGGAAAACAUGUCCCUCGUGCUGUUUUUUUGGAUCUUGAACCGACCGUAAUUGAUGAAGUUAGAACCGGGGCUUAUCGUCAAUUAUUCCACCCUGAACAGCUUAUUAGUGGCAAAGAAGAUGCUGCAAAUAACUUUGCCAGAGGCCACUACACAAUUGGGAAGGAAAUAGUGGAUCUUUGCCUUGAUAGGAUCAGGAAGCUAGCAGAUAACUGUACUGGACUUCAAGGGUUUUUGGUGUUUCAUGCUGUUGGUGGUGGAACUGGAUCUGGUCUUGGAUCAUUGCUUCUUGAAAGGCUUUCAGUGGAUUAUGGAAAGAAAUCAAAACUGGGUUUCACUGUUUACCCUUCCCCACAGGUUUCCACAUCUGUUGUAGAGCCUUACAAUAGUGUUUUGUCAACUCAUUCUCUGUUAGAGCACACUGAUGUCGCAGUUCUCCUCGAUAAUGAAGCUAUCUACGAUAUUUGCCGAAGAUCUCUUGAUAUUGAGAGGCCUGCUUACACUAAUCUCAACAGGCUGGUCUCUCAGGUUAUUUCUUCCUUGACUGCAUCUCUGAGAUUUGAUGGUGCUUUGAAUGUGGAUGUGAAUGAGUUUCAGACCAAUUUAGUCCCAUACCCUAGAAUCCAUUUCAUGUUGUCUUCAUAUGCACCAGUGAUUUCAGCGGAAAAGGCUUACCAUGAGCAGCUAUCAGUAGCAGAAAUCACAAGCAGUGCAUUUGAACCAGCUUCGAUGAUGGCCAAAUGUGAUCCACGCCAUGGGAAAUACAUGGCUUGUUGCUUGAUGUACAGAGGAGAUGUGGUGCCUAAAGAUGUGAAUGCUGCAGUGGCAACAAUCAAGACCAAAAGGACCAUCCAGUUUGUUGAUUGGUGUCCCACAGGGUUCAAGUGUGGCAUCAACUACCAGCCUCCAACUGUGGUACCUGGUGGGGAUUUGGCUAAGGUUCAAAGGGCAGUUUGCAUGAUUUCAAAUUCUACAAGUGUUGCUGAAGUGUUCUCAAGGAUUGAUCAUAAGUUUGAUCUGAUGUAUGCAAAGCGUGCAUUUGUGCAUUGGUAUGUUGGUGAGGGUAUGGAGGAAGGUGAGUUUUCUGAAGCUAGAGAAGACUUGGCUGCUCUUGAGAAAGAUUAUGAAGAAGUGGGCUUGGAAUCUGGUGAAGGAGAUGAAGAUGAAGGGGAUGAGUACUAGGCUAGAAUAUAGAGUAAAAUCUGCCAAUGGACUUAUUGGUCAGCUAAUAAAAAUGGGUUCUUUUGUUUGUCUUCUCUAUUGUAGUAUCAAAUUUCAAAACAUGUUUUAAUGGAUCUUUGCUUAAUUGGUUUUUUUUUUA